AUGACUCCCACGAUUGUUAAUUCUGACUCCUUGAAACAAGAGACUAUUCAAGAUAAAAGUGUUGAUAUAUCAAAUACUUAUCAUUGUCAAACAGGAGUUUUAACACCAUUUGAUAUAAAUGAACAUGGACUCUAUAUUAUUUUCCAUCUAUCAAAUCAAUGUGAUGAUACACAUAUUAAAAAAACGUGCCAAAAAUUACCUGAACUUAAAGAAGAUUUAUCAAAAUUAAAUCCAGGUUGUCGAUUAGAAGCAACAUUAGGAAUUGGAUAUGAUAAAACUAAAAAAUGGUUAUCUCAAAUGAAUAUUCCUAUACCGAAAAAUCUUCUUGAAUUUAAAGAAAAAACUGGAAUUCAAGGAAAAUCGAUGCCAAGUACAGGUGGAGAUUUAUUUGUUCAUUUAAGAAGUAAUAGAAAAGAUCUAUGCUUUGAACUUGGCUUACAAUUUUGUCGAUUAAUUCCUGAUAAAUUUAUUGAUCAAUUAGAUGAUACUUUUGGUUUUGCAUAUAUGAGUACGAAAUCUAAUGGAUUAUCUCAUGAUUUUACAGGUUUUGAAGAUGGAAAUGCUAAUCCGAAAACUGAUCAAUUAAGAGCAAAAGCUGCACUUAUUCAAGAAGGUGAAGAUGAUCCAAUUCAUAUUGGAAGUUCAUUUGCUUUAACACAAAAAUGGAAACAUAAUUUAAUAAAAUGGAAUGAAUUAUCAAAAAUUGAACAAGAAAAAGUUUUUGGAAGAACAAGAGGAGAUAAUAGUAUUAAAGUAAAACCAUUAGAAUGCACAUCUCAUCUUGCUAGAACAGAUUUAAAUGAAAAUGGAAUUGAUAUAAAAGUAGUUCGACAAUCCUUACCGUAUGGUGGAAUGAAAGAACAUGGAUUAUUUUUUAUAUCAUAUGCUUCGAGUCCUCACAAACAUGAAAAACAAUUAAAUAGUAUGGUUGGAAUACCCGAUGGUAUUUAUGAUAGACUUAUGGAUUUCUCAACAGCAAUUACAGGAAAUUAUUGGUUAAUUCCUUCAAUUAAUCUUCUCAAAAAGCUUUGUUAA